GAAACACUUCAGUCACAAUCGAGGACAUGGGACCGUGAAAGUAUGGCGGAUGCCGAGGAGCCGGAGAAGAAAAGAAGGCGAAUAGAGGACCUGACUGAGAAAAUGGCUGUAGAUGGUGUACACAUGGAUGGUGGUUGCGACUGGGAUGGCCGGUGGAAUCAUGUGACAAAGUUUUUGGAGAGGCCUGGCCCAUUUACCCACCCUGACUUUGAACCAAGCUCUGAGUCUUUACAGUUCUUGUUGGAGACAUGCAAGAUUCUGGUCAUUGGUGCAGGAGGACUUGGGUGUGAACUCCUCAAAGAUCUGGCCUUGUCUGGGUUUCGCCUUAUUCAUGUGGUUGACAUGGAUACAAUUGAUGUGUCCAAUCUCAACAGACAGUUCCUCUUCAGGCCCAAAGAUGUUGGACGACCAAAGGCAGAAGUCGCUGCUGACUUUAUUAACAGUCGCAUCCCUGGGUGUAAAGUUGUCCCCCACUUCAAGAAGAUCCAAGACUUUGAUGAGUCUUUUUACAGACAGUUUCACAUCAUCGUCUGUGGACUGGACUCCAUCAUAGCCAGACGCUGGAUGAACGGGAUGCUGAUAUCCCUCCUGAGCUAUGAAGACGGAGUUCUUGAUCCCAGCUCCAUCAUCCCCCUCAUCGACGGGGGCACGGAGGGCUUUAAAGGAAACGCUCGUGUUAUUCUGCCUGGCAUGACGGCAUGCAUCGACUGCACAUUAGAGCUUUAUCCUCCACAGAUUAAUUUCCCCAUGUGCACGAUUGCAUCAAUGCCAAGACUACCAGAGCAUUGCAUUGAAUAUGCCAGGAUCCUGCAAUGGCCAAAAGAAAAGCCAUUUGGAGAAAACAGCCUAGAUGGGGACAAUCCAGAGCACAUCCAGUGGGUGUUUGAAAGAGCCCAGGAAAGAGCAGCAGAGUUCAACAUAACAGGAGUGACAUACAGACUCACUCAAGGAGUUGUGAAGAGGAUCAUCCCUGCUGUGGCAUCUACUAAUGCUGUUAUCGCUGCUGCCUGUGCCACCGAAGUUUUUAAAAUUGCUACAAGUGCAUAUAUUCCUUUAAAUAAUUACCUGGUGUUUAAUGAUGUGGAUGGAUUGUACACCUACACUUUUGAAGCUGAACGAAAGGAAAACUGUUCAGCCUGCAGCCAGGUGCCUCAAGAUCUCCAGUUCUCUCCUUCUGCCAAAUUACAGGAGGUCUUAGAGUACCUCACAGAAAAUGCCUCUUUACAAAUGAAAUCCCCUGCUAUAACGACAACUCUGGAAGGAAAGAAUAAGACACUGUAUUUGCAGUCAGUAAAAUCAAUCGAGGAGCGAACAAGGCCAAACCUCUGCAAGACUUUGAAAGAGCUAGGGCUGUCAGAUGGGCAAGAACUAGCAGUUGCUGACGUCACCACACCCCAGACGGUCCUCUUCAAGCUCAAUUUCACCACCUGAACGGUCAUCACAGCAUACAGCACUGUCAGAUUGACUGCCUCUGAGAGCAAACUUGGUCCUGUGUUACAAGGUUAUUGUGAUGCUGCAGUAGCAUGAUGAUGUACAUAAGAUGGGUAAAGGUUGCCCAUGAGGGAUAAGAUUGGCUAUCAUAUAAAUAUCCAAUCAUUUAACAACUUUUUUUUCUAUUAGUAACUUGUUUACUUCUUUGUGUAUUUGUCCUGUGUUGGUUUAUGUUAUAGCUAUUUCGCUGUCAGACAUGAGAAUAAUGACGUGCACUGUGCUCUAAUAAAGUUUUAUUAUCAUGGUUGUAGAGGAA